GACUUGGCCUUUUGCUUUCUGGGUUUUGUAGUUUCCUUGUCUCCUUUCCCAGCGUGGUAACCUUAGAGACGCCGGUAGUGAUGGUGGCGGCGGUUGUUACGGUUUCUUUCCCUCCGAAGCCGGAAGCGCCGUGAGGGAAGCUAGAAGGUGGUCUGGUCUCGGGGCGGCAGGCGGGAGCGGCGUUGCCAGGGGCUGGGCUGCGGCGGGCAGGACCGCGCUCCGCUCGGCGGCGGCGCACCUGGCUGGAGGACGGUAUUUCUCUCUCUCUCUCUCUCUUACGAGCCCACUUGGAUUAAGAUGGAGGACUAUGAGACAUUCUGCAACAAGCAGCUUGCUAAAUUCCAAGGAGACCUAGAGCAGAGGGAAGCCUCUCCUCCUGUUCGACACAAAAAUAUUUCACUUAUUCAGUUCAAUGGUGUUCCUGUGCUUUCUCCGCUGCUUAGUCUUGAGAGAAAAAAGGAACUACAGCAAGACAGACAAAAAGCUCUGGAUUUAGAACUCUGGCGACAGAAUUCCAGGAAAAGAAUCUUGUUGAAUCGUGUUCAGGAGAUUCUGGAAAAUGUGCAGAUGAAGAAAUUGUCCAAUCAAAGUGAUUUAGAUCAGUCUGAGACAGAGACUAUUCAUUCGGAUUCAGUAUCCAAAGUGUUGAAUGGCUUUGUAAUGCAAUCAAACGGUGUUUUGCCAAGUCCUGUUGCUCUUGGUGAGUUUGUGGAACCCAGAAGGGCACUGGAGGAUAAGCCAGCAGACGUACAUGCCGUAUCAAGUGGGAACUCUCUUGGAGAAAAGGAACAGUUCGACCCCCAUGAACCAAAGGACGCUUCCUCCAGCCUGUCUGAAAAGAGACCUUGCCCAGAAGGUAUAUUUUCCAAUCCAAUAAACCUCCCUUCUUCAAAUGAUACUGGAAAGAAAGACAGCAUUGAGAUGGUGUGGCCUGAUGCAGAAGGGCCAGAUCAUUAUGUAAUGAGUCUUCAGAACCUCUUGAAAAAAUCCAAGGAGUACAUGCAGAGAGAACAGACCAGGCGUAGCGUGCGAAGUACUUCAAAGAGAAGCGGUAGCAAAAGCCAUUCGGACAAAGAGAAUGAUGCAGUGAAAAUGAGCGACUCGGUGAAAGAAAGGGGGAAGUUAGUGGGCAGAAGUGGUAUGGUCACGACAUCUGAUAAGCCAGGUCUUACUAAAUCCAACACUUCUCUGCAAAGUACCUCAGUUCCUAAAAAUAGUAUAGCAUCAUCCAGUUUUUCUAAAGUGGAUAUACCAAUGAGAUCCGGAACGCCUCCUGUUUUGGAUUCGGAUUCAGACGAAGACUUUAAAAACACUGUUUUCUUUGAACAUGACAGCAGCAUUCUCAGAAGCCUCACAGGUUCUUACUCAAAGCUACCCAGCCCAGAGCCAAGCAUGAGCCCCAAAAUGCACAGAAGACGUCCAAGGCCUUCUUCAAUGGGACAAAUUGUCAUUAGCCACCCUGUAAACGCCUGUGAAUUAAGCCCUAAAGAAAAGGGAAGAGCAGCGGACUUGAUCACCCAGGAUGCUAGUGAUAGGCAAAUUGCAUCUGAUCCUAUGCCAAAACGGACUCCAGAAGUUGCUCCCAUUUGCUCUAGCAAAGUCCACGCUUUCCACAGGAGCUCUUCGGACAUCUAUGAUGAUUUGGUGGUCGGCAAACGAAAUCAAGUGUGCCAGGUUUCUGUUGGUCAACGAGAGAACCAAACGCUCCCAGUCAGUGCCACAGUAGAAGGAGACAUCAUGUUAGAUGGAGCUAGAGGAUCAAGUACUUGCCUUUCAAACUCAAGUCCGCAGGAAGGGCAUGCCAUCAGCUGUCCCGUUAUAAUGCAAAACACCGCAAAUGUCAGUGGAGCCAAGCAAUUUGGCGUGCUAGACAAAGCCAAAUGUAGCGCACCCACGGAACUCAAUAAAUCUUACGAUGUUGACACGCCAUCUCCUUUACUUAUGCAAACGCAGCAUAAACAUCAGGUGGAUACCCCAAACCUGUCUCCUGGAAAUGAUCAGACUUUAGAAAAUGGGACUGAAAAGGUGAAAUGUAGGCUUGAGUUGGAUGCAGACAGCAUGCAGAAGGAAAACACGCCUUGUGUUGCUACUACAGAAACCAGCGUAAGAGAGAGACGAUGGCCACAUGAUCAAAGGUGUCCUGAGGGAUCUGCACCUGGUACCAGGAAUGAAAUGCCAGAAAGACCUGUCAGUGAAGAGGAAGCUCUAAAACAGAAAAUGCUGGCCUUUGAAGAACUGAGGAGGAGACUGGAAGAGCAGCAUGCUCAGCAACUCUCAUUAUUGAUCGCUGAGCAAGAGAGAGAACAGGAAAGGCUGCAGAAGGAGAUAGAAGAGCAGGAACGCAGAUUUAAAGGGACGAAAAUGGCAAUUGCUGAAAUGGACAUUCCCCAAAUUGCUGUUGGCAGUGGGAUGGAUUUGGAGUGGAGAAAGACCAGUGACCCUCGCUUGUUGCAAUCUGUGCUGACUCGAGUGGAAACAAUCCAGAGCAUAAACUCUGAGAGUGCUGGUUUUGCCAAUACCACCAUACCUGGUUUGACCACUGAAUCUCCAUUCUACCUUUGGGAACCACCAGCAAGUGGAAAAUCAGUUUUGGCAUCCAGGUCUAUUAGCAGGAGUAAAAUGCGAUGGUCUCAGGUGUACAGUUCUGAGAUGAAAAGGAAACUAAACAGGAUAUCUGCUCUGGCAAAAGGAUUUCUAACUCGUAGACUCUUGCAGACAGAGAAACUGAAACACCUUAGACAAACUGUGAAAGAUACAAUGGAAUUCAUUAAAAACUUCCAGUCAGAAGCUCCGUUAAAGAGAGGAGGCGUUUCAGCUCAAGAUGCUAACCUGCAGGAGAGAGUGGCAGCUCAGCUGCGAGCUGCUUUGUAUGACAUUCACGACAUCUUUUUCAAAAUGGAAGUGUUUGAGAGAAUGAGCAUUCUGCGUCACGACCGAGAGGUCCGCAAAGAGAAAAUGCUCCGGCAACUGGACAAAGCAAAGGCCCCAAGAGAGAGAGUGACACUUUCUACAGCCACACAGAAGUCUCUGGACAGGAGGAAAUACAUGACGUAUGUGGGGAAACGGGCUUCUGACAUGGGAAUGCCAAAUAAAAAAAUUUUGAAACAAAAGACUCCAGAAAACAGAGUUCUUCAGCCAAACCAGGGUCAAAAUGCUCCUGUUCAAAGACUCCUUUCUAGGCAAGGGAGUAUAUGCGGGAAGAAUCCAAAAAAAGAAGCCAAAUGUUGUGACAACUUAAGACGGCAGCAUUCACUGGGCUAAAAGGCCGCUUUGAUCUGUCUGUAAAUGCUCUCCACUGGUUUGGAUCUUCCUGCUGUUGCACAUAUUGAUGGCUUGAAUUGGCAAGCAUACAUUUUGUGAUAUUGCUUCGAUUUCUAAGAGAGAGGGAAUGGAAUUAAAAGAGAAAUGAACAGCACAACAAACUCUAAAAAAGAAUGUAUUCUGCAUGUUUCAACCCUCUUGUGUAUUUGUUGUUUGCUUAUACUCAAAACAGUAAUAUGCAUUGUACACCCUCAGGAAAAUGUGUAUAUGGUGAUUUAAUGAGAACAUUUUUGCAAAUUUGAACCUGUACUGCACUCUUUAUAGUGCAAUAAAUGAACUCAAAAUGAUGCUUCAUAUGUUCUGCAUUAAUAGUUGUCUAUAUCAUUCUCUAUAUUUAUAUCACCAAGUCUAAGCCACUUCGGCCCCACUGAAAUCAAUGGAUCUAAUUCUGGCUUUCAUGUUGGCUAUGUUGGCUUUAACCCUUUGUGACUGACACUGUUAGCCUUCCAGCAUAAAUACCGAUUGCUCCUUCCUGCUGCCAUGCUAUUGCUUCUAGUACACUCUGCAAUAUUACUUAAGAGGUAUCCCAAAGUUUGAUUUUUACAGUAAGCAAACUUGAAAGUGCAGUCAGCACCUCCAUCUCUUGUCUGUGGAUCAGCAGUCACCAAAUCAGAGGGUUAAAUUGCCAGUUCCCCUAUACAUACAAAGAGGACAAAGUCUACAUAAAUUGUAGCAACAGCAAUUACUGUAUAUAGGGGGCUUCUUUUGCUACAUGUUUGCCUCACUUUGUCUUGUAUAUAUAUUUUUCUGUAAACAAAAUAUUUUGAAUUUUUAAUGAAGAAAGGAUACUCUUUUUUUUGCCAUUUGGGACAGAACUGUAACAAAGUCCUUUUGGUUUCCAAGGGCUAAUUAUCCAAAUUAUAUUUGCAAUUAUUUGUUAUUUUGAAUAAAAAUGAUGACUAUUGACUAAAUUUUGCAGAACUGCUUAAAUCCUGUUACAUUACCAGAAAGUUAAGCUCUUACAUUACUAAAGCCAUGUCUGAAAAAAGGGACUUAUUUAAGUAAGCUAUUCGUGCUUGUUGUUAGACAGAGAUGAAUUACUUAGAUCUCAGCAUGGCUAUGAAAUAUCGAAGCAAAAAGGGUCAAGUGUUGAGAAAUGUAUAGAUCUGAUCUGCCAGCGGGCAUUAGAUAAUCAUACUGUAUCUUCAUAACAUAGUCAUGGCGUAGAGAACUAUUAAACCUGGUUGCAGAAAUAUUAAAUUGAUACUAACAUUACACUAAUGUUCAAAUUUCAGAUCUGAUACCAUUAUAGUUUUGCUUCAAAAUAUUCAACAUAAAUUGAAAAAAGAUUCACUUAACAAACUGGGUGGACAUUACAUAGAGUAGCACAUCUGUUUAUAUGGGGAUGGCUAUAAAUUCAUUAUGUACAUAUUCUAAUGCUCUUCUGUAUCAUGCAGUAUUUUAAACUGAUCUUGUUGAAGGCAACAGUGUCGAUAUAAAAGAAAAUGGUAGAGAUUUAACCAACUGUUCAGCCAUCUUACAAGCAUAGUCUGUCUCUUGCAGGCUAUAUGUUAAAAGGCUCCUGCUGGUUUAACACAUGCAGCACAAUGCAAGCAUUUCUCAUGGAACUAAUUUAUUGGAUUCCUAAAUAGUUUUUAGAGCUUACAUUUGCUUCAUAAUGCCUUUUGCAUGACUUGAAUGUUUUCUUUAGAGGUGUGAAAAAAGUCAACAGAUGACUUAACACGCUAAAUGCAUCUUAAGAAUUGUGAAUGUUGGCUUGAAUAUUAGAAAUAGGCUGCAGUUUACUAUAUGACAGUGCUAAAAAAGUUGCUAAAGCUUGUUUGUUGUGUGCUGUGAUGUUAAUUUAGAAACAAUAUGUAAAUAGAAUCAAGUUUUAAUACAGACCUAUUGUUACUUUGUUCAGAUAUGCUAAGUACAAUUUUUCUUUUCUUUUUUAAUUUUAAGGUCUGCUAAAAUGUCAAUGUUUAACUGUCAUAAGGCCUUCUACUUACAAGUGCCAGGAUCUUUUUUGUAAUUUGAUAUAUUUUAUAUUUAAUGUAAUUUUCAGUUCACUUUUUAAUUUUGAGUGGAACGUAAUAUAAAACAUAUUUUUGUACUUUUUGUUUUCACCUUUUUUCAUAAGUGCAUUGCACAAUAAAACUUUUUUUAUCUUUAAA